AAUAAUACGAUUAUAUCGUGUACAGUUAUAUUUGUAUGGCAGAUAUCAUCAUCGAAGGUGUGCAAGACCAGAGCCAAAAGGUCGCGGCACGCAUCUUAUGGCUGGAAUAGCCAUCGGGGUGCUGGUUUUAACGAAUAUGAACGCGCUGUGUCGAGCGUUGAAAUGAUUGAAUAAUCUUCACUGGAACAUUUGAGACGGCGAUGAUCACAAUGAAUGCAAUAUGGGCGCGUUCACUGCAUGACAACGGUCAUUAAUAUUUCAGAAAAGUUUGCAGAAUGUGAAGACUGGACAUAUCGGCAAAGCGGGGAACGUAUUUUGUUUGCUUUCCGAAUUCGAUUAUGGAAAUGUGUGGACAGUAAAAAUGAAAUGUUUGGAAUACAGUUGUUGGCGUCAUGACUGUUUUAAUAACUGUUUAUUGGAAGUAACCAAGCCAAAGAUGAAAUGCUAAAAGCCGUGCCGGUGCACCAACUAUUCCACUGGCAUCAACACAAAUGUCCGAUGAACAGGAAGCGGGGGUCGACAUGGAUGUUGUCGUUGCUAAGGUGCUCACAAUUGUUGUCAUCACCAGUCUAACCGUAAUUGUAGGUCUAUUGCCGUGUCGGCUCGUCAAGCACUUCCGGCGAAAAAUGCUCAGAACAAAGCAGACGAUAGAUAAAAUGGUGUCUGGUGCCAAAUGUUUCUCUGGUGGUGUGUUUCUCGGCGUCUGUCUUCUGCAUUUAAUACCAGAAACACGUAAAAAAGUAGACAGUUUAUUGGAACAAAUUGGUUCAACAACAACUUAUCCAGUUGCAGAGCUCUUGACGAUGGUUGGCUUUUUUGGAGUUAUAUUUGGCGAACACACGAUACGAUUUUUGUACGUUAAAACCAAGGAAGACUGGUGUCUCCCAUCGUCCGACAAUGAUAGUUAUAGUUUUGACCAAGAAUACGGUUCAAACAAUGGCGACCUUGGUGCGGAGAGAUGUGACCUGAUAGAGUGCAGAAGUCUACGGUCCAUUUCAAAUCAUAGUCACUUAGAUGCGGACGAAACGCCUACGGCAAUUGUUCACAGUGUGUCUGUCACAGACGAAUCUGUGCCAGUUGCGAGAAUGAAUGUCAACGGGUUAUAUCCUAUCAACCAGACAAUAACUGAAUGCUUUGAAUCUACACGUGCUAACAAUGCAAAAAAUACUAUAGUAACCACAGUUACUGUAGAUACAGAUAAUCCAAAGUAUAACACCGCAACGGCUGAUGAAUUAAUAGAAGAGUGUCCUGAAACUCGGAGAGGUAUAGGGUUGACUCAAGAAAAUCUUCAAGAUCUAGAGGUUAAGACUGUUGUGACAGAGAUCAGUCGUAGCGAGGACACGAGUCGAGGUCACAUACAGUCAGCGUUUCUCCUAGUUGCCUUGUCUUUUCAUGGUGUCUUUGAGGGCAUGGCGCUAGGGCUUCAAGUUCUGGAAUGUGACGUCUGGGUGAUGUGUGUUGCCAUAGUUAUUCACAGAAUUAUAUUAGCGUUCGGAAUGAGUCUUCAGUACGCAAGAAAUAAUGAUAGAGCAUCGACAAUUGUGUUUUCUAUAAGCACUUUUUCCAUCAUUUGUGUUGUGGGUAUCGUCAUAGGAAUCGUUAUAUCCGCCGGUGCGCAACUUUAUAGUGACGUCAACGUCCCUAACGCUAUUUUGCAAAGUCUUGCCACGGGAACCAUAUUUUAUAUAGUUUUUCUGAAUAUACUUUACAAAGAGCUGGACGGAAAUAGAGACGUGAAAAAGAUAUCAUGUACGUUUGUUGGAUUCGUAUUCAUGGCCAUCACACUAGCGGUCGCCAAAGGUUAAUCAAUAAUUCUUUCAGUUUGACUCUAUUUUGUAUUUUAAUCUUCUAAUGCUUUUAAUCGCGAGCUUUCAUUUAAGAGACGAAUAUGGUAUACACCUAUGGUCACUGUUUUAUAAACAUGAUUCAUUCUUUACUAUUAUUGGUAAAUGAUGCAUGCAGGUGAAGUAAACUGUUUAUUUGAAUUAAUAGUCAAACUAAUUAAAGUCAUCAUAAUUAUUUUGAGCUUAACUAUUAGAGUCGUCUAAGACUCUUUCCACACCAACGUUUUCAUAGAUACUCAUAUAUUAAUGCAACGUGUUAAAUCAUAACGUACGUCAUUUAGUAGAACUAAAUUAUUUAUUUAUGCUUUUAGAAGCACACUUGUGAAGGUAUACAAUUUCGUGGAGUCCAAACGUAUUUUGAUUGUUAUUUCAAGCAUUAAAAAUGUGUUCAAUAAAUUGUUCUACUUUAACCGAACAGAUUGGUCAAUAUUGGAAAAUGAACGUUAAUUGAGACAUAUAUUUUUGUACCAACUGUAGACUGAAGACAGUGUUGAGAGUGAGAGAGUUGUAAAUAGAAAUAACACUAUUUGUUAUAUUUAAAAGUUAGAAAAGUCAAUUAAACGCACUUAAACUCAUAAAUCCAUUUUAUUCUCCAAAAUGAUGAUCACGUGUGUGAUAACGCCAUUACAGUGAUGAAGAUAUUAAUAAAAACAACAUUGACAUAUCCCUUUUGCACAAUAAUUACCCGUAGUUUCAGUCGUUAUGGAGUGUACGCAAACGAGACAAACAAAGCGUUUACAAAACCAUCCAUAAACAACUAAUUGGAAUGAAAACAUGGGAAACUACAGUUGGGACUCGUAAAAUCCAUUAGCAGUAAGAAGUUACCAGUUCAUUGUCAAACUAUUAUUUUUUAAAUGCAUCUUUUAAAGUAAUAUAAAUCGUGUUCGUACAUUAGUUCCUCCAGGAAGGAAUGUGAUAUAAUGAUGAUAUAAUGUAUUAUAUAAUGCACCGAAAAUGUUUGUUUAAUACAUACAUACGUUCAAUGCACGUUAGGUUAGGUUCUUAUUGUGGUCAGAAGUUUGUUGGAACUAGAUAAGUCAUGGAUACAUUUACAUUUUGUACAUACUACACGGUGCCAGAAACAACGUAUUGAAAAAUACAGCGUUAUUAAAACUGAUUUAUUUAAAUAUACAGUUAAAAUAUUCUUGUCCAAUGUAUGUAUGUAUUUAUUUUGACAUUGCGGUCAAGGAUAACCCAUGAAAGUGCAAGCACUGAUUUCCAAUGGGGUCCUUUGGUUUUGCUGAAGAGACAGCAAGCCGAAGAGACAGUAUUGGGAUACAAGGAAUCCGGGUGCGAUACCCUAGCUCUUUGCGAAUAGAUACCAUGGUCCUUUUUCGUGCUUAGUGUAUAGCACCGAUACACGCGAGAAUGACCUGGGUUUCAUACCAGAACAUUUCUAGUUGGGUGGGAAACACUUGAAGCAUUUCUGAAAUUUCCAGUGCCCCGGCUGGGAUUUGAACCGGGGACCUCUGGAAUGGUAGACCAGAGUGUUACCACUCGACCACCGCACCACUAAAACAUGUUUAACUUUAUUUGAAUUUACAUCUUACCAGAAGCAAAACUAAUCAAGAAGUAAUAUAUCUUAGAAACCCAAAAGGGAGGACAUUAUGUUAAAAACAAGCAUUUGAGUUUUAAUCUGGUUUUUAAAAGCCGACAUCUGGAAGCAAUAGAAGAUUAAAUCAUUUAUUUGUAGUGUUUAUGCUGCGAAAAAAGAUCCAAAGCUUCCUAAUCAUUAACAAUUAAACUGCUAAGGGCAUAAAUUAAUUAAUUAAUUUCAUGUGCGGAAUGUCGCAGAAAACAGGUGCGCUGAUUACAAAGUUACACGUUUAUACACAAAAGCAUUAAAUGUACUAGAAACAUGCACCCAAAACGAUAUCAAUUAUUAGUAGGUGUUUAUUAUUUUCAUGAUUAUAAUGGAAUUCUUUCAAAAUUAAAGAAGACUUGCCUUUCGUAAUAAGGCAUUUUUAUUAGGUGCGUUAAUUAAAUUACACAUUUUAUUUUAUUUUGACGUCAUGUGAUUGUGACGUCAUUUUCUUAAUUGUAUUACAAAAUGUUUUACUCCUGAUGAAGGUCUUUAACCGAAACGUUGAGUAAAGUGAUAUUGAAAAACAAUGAAGUUGUUUCUCUGUUUUCUAUAAUUAUUUACUGGACAUUUUAUUCCAUAAACACUCAACAUGCUCGAUCAAGGCUAGUGGUCUAUGAAAUUGAGUUCCCAUGGGCGACAACAGAGCAUGAAAGAUCUAGGAGACUCUGUCGUGUUUGAAAUAAUAAAUGCCGUGUUUUGCAUUAUGUGAAAUUGUAAGUCUGCGUAUGCUUGAUGUUUGUCAUGCUUUACAGGAUAUAUGAUUUAGAAAUGUGUCGUUUUUCUUUUCAGUGCAUUAAAUGUAUUUUUUAAAUAUUGGCAUUUAUAUACUUAUUAAAAUGUUAACCAUUAU